AGAUUUAAGCAAAAUGAAGUGGAAAGUUUUGUGGCUCCCAAAGGUGCACAUGAUCAAACUAGAAAGUUUGGUUAUAAUGAGGCCUAGUCAUUUUGUUCCUUUCAUCAAUAAAUCCCUAAAAGAAUUAGAACACUUAACCCAUUGGUUUCAUACUCAUAAAAUUUUUUUAUUGAACUGCUACUAUUGAGCAUAGGCUACUAUUGAGCAUAUGCGCUUUUUAAAAGAUCACAAGUUUGAUACAAGAUCACAUCUUUGUAGCUUUGGAGCUUGUCUUGAUUCCCUCUUUUGCUUGUAAAUAUAAGAAGUUUGAGUAUGCUAGAAAUCCUAAGUCUAAGAUUCAACAAAAACACUUGUGGAAGCUGUCUAUUGCAAUCAAUUAGGGCAUUUCCUUCAAUUAAGACCUUUGACCUUAGUAGGAGUAGAUCUAUAGAACUGGUGACUAUUGAAGGUAAGUUAUGCAAAGAUGCAAAAAGAAGGGGAAAAAAAAAAGAGAUAAGGAAAUGCUUACCUAUAUUUUAGUGUUUGUAUUGAACAUUAUCUCACUUUAUCCAAGCUACCAAUACUAAUUGAGGACUUAAUCUUCAGAUAGUCAUCCUUUCAAGGAGUUGGAAAUAUUGCUUUUGAAGGAAUCUUCUCUUCACAAUAAUUUUCUUCAGAGCCUUGGAACACUAAACUCUCUUAAAGUUUUGUCUGUGUCCUUUUGUGAGCUCAAUGGAACUCUGUCUAGUCAAGGAUGGUGUGAACUAAAGAACCUUGAAGAGUUAGAUUUAAGUGGAAAUAAUUUUCAAGGAAUGCUUCCUUCUUGUCUGGGAAACUUGUCAUAUCUUCAAGUGUUGGAUGUAUCAUCUAACCAUUUCAUAGGAAAUAUUGCCACUGGCCCUCUUACUAACCUGAAAUCACUUGAAUAUCUCUCAUUUUCAAAUAACAACUUUCAAGUCCCAAUUUCCUUUUCGAUGUUUGCUAACCACUCCAAGCUUAAGGUCCUUAUUGGUGAUGCCAACAAUUUAGUGCCAGAACCUUUCCUUCAAACUCCAACUCCAAAGUUCCAACUCAUAUUUUUGAGUUUGUCUUACCUUGCAUUAAAAGAACCUCCCUACUUCCUCCAUCACCAAAAUAUCCUUAGGGUUGUUGAUUUCUCCCACAACAAUAUCACUGGAGGAUUACCAUCUUGGUUGUUCAUGAACAACACAGCAUUAGAAGGACUCUAUCUAGGAUAUAACUGCAUUUCAGGACCUUUGCAAUUGCCUACACAACGUCAUUUCAACAUUGCAAUCUUAGAUGUAUCCAGCAAUAGUUUACUGGGAAAUCUUCCUAUAAACAUGAGUUCAGUCUUUCCCCACCUUAAAACCUUAAUCAUGUCUAAAAAUUCAUUUCAAGGUCAGAUUCCUAUUUCUUUUGGUGAUAUGAAAUCAUUAGAAUCUUUAAGCUUGCCAAACAAUCUUAUCUCCGGGAAUAUCCCUGAUUCCUUUGGUCGUUUGAGCUCUUUAAUCUAUUUGGACUUGUCCAACAACCAGUUGUCUGGAGGAAUACCAAAACUUCUUGUCCUGGGUUGCCCCUUGUAUGUUCUGAGAUUGUCAAAUAAUAAUUUGGAGGGGCAAGUAUUUCCUCUUCUUUUCAAUUUAACAGGGUUAUUGGUCUUAAAAAUAGACGCUAAUAACUUUGUAGGAGAGAUACCUGUGUUUUCAUCUACCAACUCUUUUAAUCCACAAACUAUCGACAUGAGCAACAACCAUAUCUCAGGCAAGCUUCCAAGAUGGAUGGGAAAUAUAUCAAACUUGGAAGGGCUGUCUUUGGCCAAAAAUCAUUUUAAGGGUCCUUUCCCAGUAGAAUUUUGUGGCCUUCAUAACCUUGUAUUUCUUGACCUCUCAGACAACUACUUGUUUGGCUUUAUCCCGGAAUGUUUUAAUUCAAUUCCAAUAGAAUAUGUUCAUCUAAGCAAUAAUAGAUUGACCGGGCCAUUAACAAAAGCAUUCUCUAACUGCUCUUCUCUUGAGACACUAGACCUCACAAGGAACAAUCUAAUUGGUAUAAUUCCUGGUUGGAUCGGUAGCCUACCUUUAUUGAGCAUUCUUUUGUUGAAAGCUAAUCGUUUUGAAGGUGAAAUUCCUAUUCAACUAUGUCAGUUGAACAAAUUAAAGAUGAUGGAUCUUUCUCAAAAUAAUCUUUCUGGUUCAAUACCUUCCUGUUUGACUAAUUUUACAUUUGAGGCAUUAGGAUAUUCAAAUAAGAUUUCUUAUUGGACAAUUGGAUUUGGAGGAUUAGAAAUGAUAUUUUCAUUAGUAGAAAUGUCAAGGAAAAAGCUGGCAGAGGAUGGGAUCGACCUUGCAAAAUAUGGAUAUGAGGUCAUUGAAAUGGAGUAUUGGGUAGAGUUUACAACAAAGAGUAUGUCAUAUGUUUACAAUGGAAGCAUCCUUCGUUACAUGUCUGGUAUUGAUUUAUCUUGCAACUGUCUCACAGGAAGGAUCCCAUUUGAAAUUGGAUAUUUGAAUGAGAUCCAUGCACUAAACAUGUCACACAACAAGCUAACAGGACCAAUUCCCACUACAUUUUCAAACUUGAAACAGAUUGAAAGUUUGGACCUUUCCUAUAACAAUUUGAAUGGGAGAAUCCCUCCUCAGUUGACUGAGCUAAACACUCUGGCUGUGUUUUCUGUUGCAUACAACAAUUUAUCAGGACCAACCCCUGAUCAAAAAGCUCAAUUUGGUACCUUUGAUGAAAGUAGCUAUGAAGGAAAUCCUUUCCUCUGUGGAGCUCCACUGCAGAUCAAUUGCACCAAAAUUGAAUCACCAUCUGUUUUGACCAAUGUUUACUAUUAUGACAAGGAAAAUAAUGGUUUGAUUGACAUGAGUGUUUUUUACUGGAGCUUUGUGGUAACUUAUGUUGUAGUAUUGAUGGCAAUUGCAGCAAUUCUGCACAUAAGUCCUUAUUGGAGACGAGCAUGGUUUUACUUCAUUGAAGUCUGUAUCACCUCUUGUUACUACUUUGUUCUAGACAAGUUUUGUUAGUUUUCCAAAAGAAUCAUCUAAACUUUGUAGAGUCAAGACUCAAGAGAGACUUUAAGAAUCAGAGUUGUAAGAGAAAAUGAAUAUUCAAGAGGUAGCCUUUGAUUCAAAUAAUCUUAAUACAAACUUUGAUUUUGA